CUACCGCCACGCUCCUAAUGGCGGCCACGGCCGGGCGGAAGGGAGGGGAGCGAGGCGUGUGCGUCAUCAGCUUGCGCCGCGUGGGCCCGGGGUCGGCGUGGGCCGUGCGCCGAGGUCGCUUUCUGAUGAGCUCACAGCCCGUGGACGCGGCGGCCGAGGCAGCUGGCCCCUGGAGAGGCCGCUCGUGGACGCGAGCCGCGGCCCCGGGGGCGAAGUCGGUCGGCGUGGCUUGUGGCGCCGCGUGAUAGCCUCGGAGGCGGAAGGAUUACGUGUCCACGAUGGGAAGAACCUACAUUGUGGAGGAGACUGUCGGCCAGUAUCUUUCCAACAUUAGUCUCCAAGGAAAGGCCUUUGUGUCUGGGCUUUUAGUGGGUCAGUGUUCCCCCCAAAAGGAUUAUGUGAUCCUUGCCGCAAGGACGCCACCCAAAGAGGAGCAGCAGGAGAACCUUGAGCACCCCAAAGCUCAGCUGGAUGAAGAAUGGGCCGCGGAACAUGCCAACCAGGUGUCCAGAAUGCUGCCAGGAGGGCUGUUAGUUCUCGGAGUGUUUAUUAUCACAACUGUAGAGCUGACAAACGAUUUUCAACAUACCCUGCGCAGACUGCUGUUUGCUGUGGAGAAGUCUGUGAGCAGGAAGAGGCUGUGGCGCUUCACGGAGGAGGAGGUCUCCGAGCGGGUGGCCCUGCACUUGUGCUGUGCUUCCAAAAAAUUAGUUUGUCGAACCUACGAUGUCCAUGAUCCAAAGAGUUCCGCGAGGCCGGCAGAUUGGAAGUAUCAAAAUGGACUCUCCGCGUCCUGGCUUUGCUUGGAGGGAACUGUGCACAUCAAUAUUCACAUCCCGCUCUCGACCACCUCUGCCAGCUACUCUCUGGAGAAAAACACCAGGAAUGGACUCACACGCUGGGCCAAGCAAAUAGAAAAUGGAGUGUAUUUGAUCAACGGACAAGUGAAGGGUGAAGACUGUGACCUGUUGGAGGGACAGAAAAAGUCACCCAGAGGAAAUGCUCCGGGAUCUGGCCAUUCUUUUGAUGUCAGAGUGCUAACACAGUUGCUCUUGAGUCCUGACCACAGAUCCACAGCCACAGUCCAGAUCUGCAGUGGCUCCGUGAACCUGAAGGGGGCGGUGAGGUGCAGAGCUUUCCUUCACAGCAGUAAACCCAAGGUUAAGGAUGCUGUGCAGGCAGUGAAGAGAGAUAUUUUGAACACAGUUGUUGAUCGUUGUGAAAUACUAUUUGAGGAUCUGCUUUUGAAUGAAAUUCCAGGAAAAAAAGUUAUGAGUUCUGAAAAAGAAUUCCACAUCCUCCCUCACCGAGUUUUUGUCCCAAUUCCUGGGUGUGCUGUCAUGCUCUGUGAUUAUAAAUUUGGUGAUGAGCCAGCUGAGGAAAUCAGGGACCACUUUAUGGAGAUGCUAGAUCAUACGAUUAAAGCAGAAGAUUUGGAAAUUGCAGAAGAACCAAAUACAGCUUGUGUGAGUCCCUCGGUGGACAGUGAAGGCUCCGUGGACAGCACAGAUGAAGAGCAGCCACCACAGCCGGUGAAGAGUACAGUCAUGAUGAAAGUUCAGCAGAACACAGGUGUGAUUGCCGCAUUUGCAGUCGCAGUCUUUGCUGUGGGCGUCUCCUUUCAUUACUUCAGUGAUUAGGGGUCUCGUCACCAUCAUGUGGAAGAUGGACCCACAUUGGACAAGUCUGAAGAACCAAACAGAACUCCUAGCAAUGCGGAAUAUAUUAAAAUAACCAUCAAGCAUGGUGCCUAAAAUUUUAAGCUCAACUCAAAAAACAAGUGAACUUGAAGUUAGUAUCUAAAGAAAUUUCCCAUUGAACAUCAGGGAGAUACAAGAGACUACAAAAUAACAGAAUGUUGAGAGAAAAGAAAGAACUACAGAAGGAGUGCUUAGGGGACAGAGUGGAGGAGAGGCAAUAUGUGAAGAGGUGACAGAGGUUUGCAUUUAUUUGAAACUGAGUUCAUAAGUUCAAGAAGCAAAGUAUAUCCCAAACACAUAGUUAAAUAAAAUCCAUUCUGAGACCAAUUGCAGAACACUGCAUUAUAGCACAAAAUUGUAGAAGCAACCAGUGGGAGAGAAAAUACCAUUGAUAAAUGCAACAUAGUCACAUAUUCAUUAGGCUUCUCAGCAAUGAUACCUUUUGAAUUCUAGGAUAAAAUAAUUAGCUUAAGAAUUUGUGCCAUACAAAACUGAAAUAAAUAUGUUCAGGU